UUUCAUAAAGUAUUAGCAAUUAGCCAAUUACGUGGAAUACUUACUCAAAAUUACCAGAUUCAAGAAUUAGAUAAACUCAAAAGACUUUAUGAAUCAGCCUCAACAACUGCAUUAUUAGAUUAUUCUGAAGACAUGUUUGAUACUUCUUCAACUACUUCAACUAAUGAAGAAGAUAGCUGCUUGGAAUUCGAAGAUGAAAAUAAUAAAGAUAUUGUGUCAUUAUGGUUAUCAGACUUAAAUGAAAAUGAAUAUGAUAAUUUAUUGGACUUAGAAUUGACAAACAUAAAUAAAUUAUUAGAUAAAAAACAUCUAGUAAAAGAUCACCAGGCUAAGUGGCCAUUAAACAAAUUGUUUUUAGCUGAUUUGGAAGCACCUUUUUUUGUGACUAAUAUUUAG